AAAAUUUUACUGAAGAAAUAUCAAGUUAGUCGCCUUGUUCUUGUUUUGCACGUGGACAGCUGCCAGCUUGUGUUGACCACGUUGCUAUGGUUACAGCGUCAGGUCGCGAGACGUGUCUAAAAGUUAGCAUAACAUUUUUCAGUUUCGUAGUUUUUUCCGACCUAUAAAGUGUUUGUUUUUAGAUAACACUGAGCCGUGUUCACAUUGGUAGUAGUGCUGAAAUAGCAGACAAACAACAAGAAAUUUCUCUGCCAAAAAGACACUCGUGUAUUUUGAGUAUACCAGUAAAGCGUCUCGGCCUCCUUUGUGCAAUGACUUCCCCGGAGAAGGAGGCUGAGCUUCCUGGUGCGCAGCUUAGCUUUGUCUUUGGGAGCAGUGUUGUCAGAGCGCCGAUCCCCCGCACUCCUCCCGAGGAUGCCGAUCCACAGGAGCCCGCUGAAUGUUAUUCAACAGAGACGCUAUGUCUGAGCAGAUCUCAGCUGAAACAUGUUCCAGACAGUCCUUUGAGAAAUAGCAAGCUAAAGUAUUUGAGUCUUGAAGGCAACCAGAUAUGCAGUAUUCCAGGCUCCGUGUUUAUCAGCUUGCCCAACCUACUGUGGUUAGAUCUCAGGAAAAACCUAAUUGAGUCACUCCCACCUGAAAUUGGCUUGCACAGGUGCUUGAAAACACUGCUCUUAGAAGGGAAUCCUAUCUCUGAACUUCUACCUGAACUGGGAAAUGUGAUUAGCCUCAAAGGUCUGAACCUAAGGGACUGCCCAAUCCACUUUCCUCCACAAGAGAUUGUGCAGCAGGGACUCCAGUCCAUCCUCCAGUACCUGAGGAGUGCUCUGGCUCACCGGCCAGUCAGCACAAGGAAGAACCCUCCAGAGUUGCCAGCAAUGGAGAAACUCCAGCUGUUAGAGCUGAGGGGUAUGGAGGAGCAGGACGAGUCAGGGGAUGUGGAGGAGCUGCAGAGGUUCAAAGAACUCAAGCAUCAGUUGAUCCUACUGGACAGAGCUGAGCUGGGCUCAAUACCACAACGUGAUAAAAACCUAAACCCCAAACUUCUCCUUUCUGGCAGGAGAAAAAAGACAGCCACCAAGGCCGGCAUGAUUCCCCAGCUCCCCCUUUUUGACUCGCCUCCUUGGAAGAGGCCAGAGGAAAGGAAGCAGGCUGCAAUGAAGGAGUUGAACGAGAAGAAGGCUAUUCUCGAGCAGAAGAGAAAAAGCCAAGUGUCUCUUCAGAAGUGCUGCACACAAGCCAGAAUCUCACAAGACAAGAAAAUGUCUGAGCACAAAGAGAAGAAGCAUGAAAGACAAAAAAGGCGUGAGGAAGCAGAAGUAGAUUCAAAACCUGGUUUUGCGGACAGCAGUGGUGCUCCUCGGACAUCUGGCAGGUGUGAAGGGGACAGAUCGGCCCGGGACCUGGAACGACAGAUUUGUGCCCGUGCCGAGAAGAUACAGGAGAGGUGCAGGAAUCCCAGGGGCACAACAAGCGAGCAGAUGGCAGCAGCGAUGGAGGAUGUGGAAGAGAUGAGGAAGUUACAGAUGCAGCUCCUGGAGAGGAAGAGAACUCAAGGACGAGAUCUUGAAAAAACUUUCAUGAUCUUUACUGGGGACACCUGGCCUGGUUUCCUUGAUAAGUGACAGAGACUACACACCUGCUGUUUGAGUUUUUGUGAUAUUUAAUUGAUAUGGAAAUAAAUCAAUAAAGCGACUAAAUCCU